AUGAAGGUCUUUUCCAACUCUGUGACUUUCAACUACUCGUGGGAGGAGGUUUCCAUCGCCAACUGGCAAAAAUACGGUCCUUGGAACGACAAGUCGGCACAUGUCAUCGCGGUCGACACCAUCAGCCGCGAUGUCGACCCCGCGACCGGCAUCCUUCGCACUGAGCGACUGAUCACCUGCAAGCAAGCCGCCCCCGAGUGGCUCAAGUCCAUCUUUGGCGGCAUGGACACAAGCCAGGUCUUCGAGACAAGCUACGUCAACCCCGCCGAGAAGACCGUCACCAUGGUCUCCCAGAACAUCACCCUGUCCAACAUGAUCAACGUCCAAGAAACCGUCGUCUACAAGCCUCUCAACGCCCACCAGACACAGUUCACACAAGACGCGAGGAUUACCGCUCUCUGCGGAGGAUGGCAACGCAUCAAGAACAGCAUCGAGGACACCCUCGUCACACGCUUCAGGGAGAACGCCGCCAAGGGCAAGGAGGGAUUCGAGGCCGUCUUGGCCAUGAGCCGGAUGGCAUUUGCCGAAGAGCGGGCAAAGCAGUUCGCAUAG